AUGGAUGCUGAGGACUGGUUGAUGGAUACAGAAAGAAAGCUCAAGACUGUUGGAUGCACCGAUGAAGAGAAGGUGAGAUAUGCAACACAUCUUCUGUGUGGACCCGCCGCAUCCUGGUGGGAUAAUAUUAUAGCAGUACAUCCAGUAGGAAGAGUGUUCACCCGGGAGAAAUUUAAGCGGAAGUUCAGGGAAUCCAAUGUUCCUGAAAGUGUAAUGGAAUUGAAGCGUACGGAGUUCGAGAACCUAGAGCAGAAAGACAAGGCCAUUAUGAUAUAUGUCAGAGAGUUCUCAAGAAUGUUGAGGGCAACGGAGUUUCAAGAGCUGGUUGACGCAGUAAUCACCAUGGAGGAUGAUUUCAAGCAAGUGCGGGAAGAAAAGCGCAAGAAGGCGAAGUUUGAACCAAAGAAGUUCGUUAGCAACAAACCCAACACCAACUUGAUCUUCAAGCCCAGAUACAACCCCAGUGGUAAUAAGCGAGCAUCAGGGCCAUCGUAUAUGGCCAAUAUCGUUUGCCGUAGCUGUGGAUUCAAAGGACAUUACUCGAAGGAUUGCCGCAAGCCAAAAGUGAUCUGUUUUGGUUGUCGCCAGGAGGGGCAUAUGCUUAAGGAUUGCCCAAAUAGAAAUAAUGGUGGAGGAAAGUUAGGAGGAGGAGGGAGUAGGAAUGGAAACUCUGGAGGGAACUGGAAGAACAAGAAGCCCUUCGGAAAGCUGAACUAUACCAGUCUGGAGGAGGUGAUCAACUCGGAUAAGGCUGUCAUAGACUUGUUUGUUUUACCCAUGAAAGACAUAGAUGUUAUUCUUGGUAUGAAUUGGUUGGAAGAGAAUGGAGCCUUGAUAGAUUGUGUAGACAAGACAGUGUCCUUGAAAAAUCCAGUUGGAGGAAGGAUUAUUUAUCAAGGAGAUAAGCAUACUCAGAUUGAGGUAGAGUUACAGCUUAAUAGCAUGAAGGAGGUGAAACUAGAGGAUAUACCAGUAGUCAAUGAGUUUCAAGAUGUUUUUCCAAAGGAAUUACCUGGAAUGCCACCAGAUAGGGAGAUAGAGUUCACCAUAGAUCUAAUUCCAGGAACAGCCCCAAUUGCCCAAGCACCAUAUAAGAUGGGACCAAAAGAGUUAAAGGAACUAAAAGAGCAAUUGGAUGAUUUGGAAUAA